AUGAGCAAGAAUCCACCACGUAAAUUAGAUCCGAUGAAUAAGGAAAAAUCCACAAAUGUUUUUAAUGAACUAAAUAUUCGUUAUCGUGUUUGCUUCAAAUUUGGCCGUAAAGAAAGUGAAGUAGGAAAAGAUGUUUGUGUAUGUAAUAAUCCACGAAGAAGUCGUGAAGAGACAGAAAAAGUUUGUGGAUUAUGUAACAAGCCACGCAGUGAUCAUGACAAGGAAGAAGAUAUUUGUGUAUGUAAUAAGCGACGAGGAAGUCACAAAGAUAAAAGUUAUUCCGAUUCAGAAGGUGUUGCAUGGGCUAUGGAGCGAAAUACUAAAGAAAUAACAAAGCCUGAGCACGGUAUACUUCCAAAUGGUGCAUUGUAUUUACGACUUGCUUUGGAUACACCGGUAGCAAAAGUUGAAAAACUUCUUUCUGAAGUAUGGGAGAUCAAAAAACCUCGACUAAUUAUGUCAAUUAUUGGAGGUGCAAAAUAUUUCACGUUAAGUGAUCGGCUUGAAUCCAAUUUUAUGAAUGGUAUUAUUGAAGUUGCACUUAAAUCAGAUGCAUGGCUAAUUACAAAUGGAUAUAACGUUGGUAUUGUUCAACUUGUUGGACAAGCAAUUAAUAAAGUUAAAUUUACGAAAUUAGACAAACAUAUUACAGCUAUCGGGCUUUGUAAAUAUGGAAGUAUAAAAGAUGUAGAAACACUUAUAAAGUCAGAUAAGCAACAAACGAAAAAACCUGAUGAAGAGCGGAACAGUGGUACAGAAAAAAAACGUGAAAGUGGUGAACAUGAUCUGGAAAUGAACCAUAGUCAUUAUUUGAUGUUAGAUGAUGGAAGCUUUCGAUUUUAUAGUACAGAAGAUUACCGAACACAAUUAUGUGUUCACUUAGCAAAACUACACCAUGAAACUGAUUUUCCUCUUCCUGUUGUUACUAUUGUGGUUGAAGGUGGCAGAGAUACGAUAAGAAAUAUAUAUUAUGAUUUACGUGAUAACAUCCCUGUUAUUAUCAUUGAUGGCAGUGGCCGUGUUGCUGACUUUUUCAAACUUUGGUUAUUAUAUACAAAAGAAUUCGAUGAAGCAAGUAAACAUGCUCAAUAUCCAUAUGAAAUUGGUGAAAUUGAUAAAGCAACUCCAGUUAAAGCUUUUUCAGCAACAACUGAUGAUACAAAUAGUUCAAAAACAGGUACUCAUACAUAUUUUGAAGUUCAACUUGAUGCAUCUCGCAAUACGCUCAAGGGAAUGUUUGAAAGUUAUGAUGAACGACUUAGAAAAGAUCUUCAGUUUCUACUAUCACGUAAUGAUCCUAGUAAAGGAAAGAAGUCAAAUGAUACAUCAAACAAUAAUUCAAAAGAUGCAAAAUCAAUUAAAUUCAAUAAAAUAGUUCAACAAGUUAUGUAUUGUCUUCAACCUGCUGUUCGUUCUGGUAUAGCUGUAUUCAAUUUGAAUUCAGAUGAUAAUUUAUCUGAAACUAUUUUUCGUACUGUUUGUAAAUCACGUCAAAAAUACUUUGAAAGAAAAGAAAGUGAUCAAAAUGAAACAAUGGAAAGGUCUCUACGAAAAUCUAAACCACAACCAACUCCAUAUGUUAAACAACAUCAUGCAGACUCACGUCACGAUGUUAAUCGAAGAGAUCAAAAUGCACAACGAUCACAAUUAUUACAGUUAGCGAUGGAUUGGGAUUGUAUUAAUGUUGCAAAAGAAUUAAUUCUUCAAAACUCAUUAGAUAAUAUUCUAAACAAAGAAGAAGCUUUUGUGAAUGCUUUAACAAUAGAUUUGCCACAAUUUAUUUAUGAAUUUCUUAAAUUGGGUAUUGAUCUAAGUGAAAUAUUCUUUGAAAAUGAUGCAUUCUCUGGCUCAGAAAACCGAUAUAAAAAAUUUCUUGAAUGUUUGUACAACGAUGACGCUGUGAAUAGUCAUAAAACUCAAUUAAGUGCAUUUAUUGAAUCGGAUGAUGCUGUUAGAAAACAGAUUCAUACAACUGAUGAUUUAAAUGAUGUUCUUGCUACAUUGAUUGGUGAUUAUAUGCAUAAAUUAUACUUUGAUUCAAAUAAAGAUGUGAGCGAAUAUCGAGAGUCAUGGGGUUUACUAGAACAAAAUAUACACCAAAAUAUAGAACAAAAUCAAAUGAAUGCUCAAAAUCCUGACCACCACGUUAAACCAAAUAAAGAAAUAGUUUUUGAUACUAUAAUGCGAGAUUUAUUUAUAUGGGCAAUACUUAUGAAUCAUACCGAAAUGGCUCAAGUCUUUUUAAGUCACAUGAAAUAUCGAAUAUGUGCUGCACUGAUUGCAACAAAAAUAUUAAAACAAUAUUUUCAGAAAGCGCCAUAUGGUGACUUAAAAGAUAGUUAUGAGAAAAAUGCAAAAUAUUUUGAAGAAUAUGCUAUUGCAUGUAUCAAACAAUGCGAAAAAAAUGAUACUGAUCUAGCAUGUGAAAUUGUUCUGCAACGAAUAGAACUAUAUGGAAAUGUGACUUGUCUUCAAGUUGCUGCUGAUGCCCAAGAUAAAUUAUUUAUUGCAACACCAUGUUGUGUUCAAGCUAUGAAUAAUAUAUGGUAUAAUAAUAUUUACCCUGAACAAUCAAAGAAACGAAAUGAACUAGCUAUGGCUAUUGGAGUUUUUACACUUGGUCUUCUGGCACCAUUUUGUGUCACUUUUCGAGAUCCUCCAACGGAAGUAAUCAACGAAAAACCUGAAAAAUCUUUUCAACCUUAUGGCAUACAUUAUUCCGAUCCUUAUGCAACACCAUUUCGGCGAUAUACUAAAUAUUUUGCAAUAAAUAAUUAUGUGCAUCAUAUAAAAAAUUUUCAUCGAGCUUUACGCAUGAAAUAUUGUUACCAUUGUUUAAAUUAUUGUUUUUUUCUACUACUAUUUUCGUAUGUACUUUUAUUUAACUUUCAACCACCAACUUCUUCAAUGCCAUGUAUCCAUUGGACUGAAAUCUUGACAAUUAUACUUGUUUCAAUAAUGUUAAUUGAAGAAAUUCAUUAUUUUGUUAGCCAAGAUAGUAUAACAGUAUCUGGGAAAAUUGAAAGCUAUUUUAGGGAUUUAUUUAAAAUUAUGACUCUGAUUGGAUUUAUACUUUUUUAUACUGGAUUAAUUCUACGAUUUACUCAUGCAGAUAAUGAGAAUGAAUUUGUCGCAGCUAGGGUAGUAUGGGCUAUUGAUGUUGAACUGUGGUGGCUUCGUUCUUUAGCAUUUAUUAUUGUUAUACCAUCUCUUGGACCUCAUUUGGUGGCUAUUGGAAAGAUGGUAUACAUAUAUUUUUCUUUUU